ACUCUGACUGAAAUGUACAUCCACUUCCUGCUGACUCAGAUCAACAUGAGGAAUCAGAAGUAUGAUGAGAGAAAUCCAGAGAAACUCCUGAAGUCCAACAGAGAAGUGAUUGUGAAACUUGCUGAAUUGGCUUUCAGUCAGCUGAUGAAGGACAAUGUGAUGUUCUAUGAGGAGGACCUGAUUGAGAGCGGCAUAGACGUCACUGAUGCCUCAGUGUAUUCUGGAAUCUUUAAAGAGGAAUCUGUGAUUCAUCAGAGGAAAGUUUACAGCUUCAUACAUCUGAGCUUUCAACAGUUUCUAGCUGCAUUUUUUGUGUUUUACUCAAAUGUUGUCAAAAAUCGGGAAUCACUGCAGUUGUUCCUGGAUGGAUGUAACUGGAACAUCUGGGAAUGCGGUCUUCUGCAUGAGAUACUAAAAGCAGCAGUUAAUAAAUCAUUGCAUAGCAAAAAUGGACACUUGGAUCUUUUCUUGCGGUUCCUGUUUGGUGUCUCACUGGAGUCCAACCAGAGACUCUUACAGGAUCUACUGACUCACACAGUGAACAGCUCAGAAACCAUCAAGAAAAUCACACAGUACAUUAUUAAAGACAAAAUCAAGGGUAAUGAAUGUCUCUCAGCUGACAGAUGCAAUAAUCUGUUCCUCUGUCUGCUGGAAAUGAAGCAUCAGACUCUGUAUAGAGAGCUUCAGGAGUUUGUGAAAUCAGAGAAUCGCUCAGUGAAUCAACUCUCCCCGUCUCACUGCUCAACGAUAGCCUACAUGAUUCAGAUAUCAGAGGAGGUGCUGGAUGAGUUUGAUCUGAAGAAAUACAACACAUCAGAUGAGGGUAGAAGGAGACUGAUACCAGCUGUGCUGAACUGCAGAAAAGCUCUACUUGCUGACUGUAAUCUCACUGGUCAGUGUUGUAAAAGUUUGUCUUCAUCUCUACAAUCAUCAAACUCACUGAGAGAGCUGGACCUGAGUAACAAUGACCUGCAGGAUUCAGGAGUGAAGCUGCUCUCUGAUGGACUGAAGAGCUCAAACUGUCAACUCAACAUACUGAGAUUAUCUCGCUGUAUGGUGACAGAGGAAGGCUGUUGUUUUCUGGCUUCAGCUCUGAGUUCAAACCCCUCACACCUGCAAGAGCUGGAUCUGAGCUACAAUCACCCAGGACAGUUAUUAGACAAGCUGCUCUCUGAUCCAAACUACAGACUGGACAAACUCAAUGUGGAUCAUGGAGGAGCAUUCAGGAUUACAGAAGGACCACAGAAAUAUGCAUGUGAUCUCACACUGGAUUUAAACACAGCAAACACUCUUCUCACUCUGUCUGAGAUGAACAGAAAAGGGACACGUGUGAGAAAGAAGCAGCCGUACCCUGAUCAUCCAGAGAGAUUUGAUGAAUGGUGUCAGGUUCUGAGUCGAGAGAGUCUGACUGGACGCUGUUACUGGGAGGCUGAAUGGAGUGAGAGGGCUGAUAUAUCUGUGUCAUAUAAAGGAAUCAGUAGGAAAGUAUGGUGUACUGACAGUUUGCUUGGGUACAAUGAAAAGUCUUGGAGUCUGAAUUGUUUUGAUAACAAAUGUAUUGUGAGACACAAUAAGUACAGAAAAGUCAUACCUGUCCCUUCAAGUCACUCUAACAGAGUAGGAGUGUAUCUGGACUGGUCAGCCGGCACUCUGUCCUUCUACAGCGUCUCUUAUUCACACACACUCACACACUUACACACAUUCAACACCACAUUCACUGAACCCCUCUACGCUGGAUUUGGGGUUUAUCCGUAUAGGUCAGUGUGUCUGUGUUAG